AUGGUCAAGAAGAAGACAAACACUAAGAAAAAUUCGCGCCCCUCCGCGCAUGCAGUGAAGUCUGCGGAACCUACUGAGCCAGCUGAGCAUGCUGAGCCUCCUGAGGACGGUGAGGAAAUUCUAACUCAGGAAGAACUCCUCGAGCGCAUUCGAAAGGCCCGCGCCGCAAAGGCUGGAGUGGAGUAUCAACCACCGCCCCCUCAACCCAAGAAAAAGGGUCCUGUGAAGCCGUUCAUCCCCCUCUUCGAUCCUAACCUUCCUCCUGCCGCGUUCCCAAGCCUCCCAACAAUUGGCCAGCCGAUACCUACCGGUACCAGAGAAGGACACUUGCGCCGUGUCAAGGAAGACCGCGAAAGACGUCUUCAAGGUCUUGAUCCUCUCCCUCGUGAGUCAUAUCACCCAGGGCCGAUCUUCAGAAUCAGUGGUCAGGAUGAUGAAGCCGACAUCAAUGAGUCCAAAAACCAGGAACCAGCAAAGAACCAAGACCCCGCGGAUGCCAAUGAAGUCGAUGCUGAGUAUGAAGCACCUGACGGAGCCAAUGUGGACUGGGAAGCCAGAAACACGGAGCUGAACGUGGUCUAUAUGAGGAACAUGGCACACAUGGCUGGCUCUGGACAAAAGAAACCAGCUGGUUCUAAUGACCUGGACCUUGCAAACCGACUGGUUGUCGAGUUCUCAGACAGCGAAGUUGAAACUGAGCAAGAGUCUCGGGUUCCCGAAUGGGGAGAUCUUACUCAGUCUCUCCAAGUAGAGAUCUUGGACAACCUCUUAGAGAAAUACACCUGGGAGGAUGUCGUCAAUAGGCUUGGUCUCAGUCGAAAGCAAGACAAAAAGGCCAGAGAGUACCUGGACCGGUACCAUAAGGUUCUGGAACGCGAGGACGAAGAAUUGAAGAAUAUGAGGGACAAACAGCUCCAAUUCUUGAUGAAGCUCGACUGCACCAACGAUCGGAAUGUGCCCAAAGCGCAUAUUCUUGGUAGGAUUGCCAAAGAAUAUCAAUCGAAAAUCGCCAAUGACCCAGAACAGAAAUUUCUGAAGUACAAGACCAGAGACGUGCGCGCAGCUUGGCAAAUCCUGGAGAAGCGAGGUCUCUCGAAGGAGCUGGCCGGAGACUGCGGCAAUGGCAUUGAAAUACUUCGGCUGGACGAAGAUGAUGAGCCUGUGGCAAAGCGCGUCAAGCGGAGCCAUCCUGUUGUGACUACCGAGGGGUCUUCAAUCAUGCCCAUGAAUUCCUGUCCUACAGAGCCGUUGUCACUGGCUGAGAAGACGGCCGCUAUCAAUAAUGUCUGCCAAGGUAGCUCAAUCGCCCUGCCUGUUGAUACCGUGCACCCAAUGCAGACUUUGCAGAAACAUUGGGAUGACUGGGAGCAGCUCUUCACUGAGCCCGACGAGAACCAGGCCCACCUUGCCCGCGAGAGACGGUUGCAGUUGGCCUUGGGCAAGGACGGUGCGGCUGCUAUCAUGGCCGACCAGGAUGGUCCCACGCUACCAGAACCUCCGGUCACUCAAUACCGGUACAACCAGCGGAUUGAGCAGGCCAAGCUCGAUUCCGAGGCCGAGAAGCGAGCUGCAGGGACAAACGGUCUUCCCUUCACGGCCCGUGAUAUCACGGAGGGAACCUGGGAGCAGAAACUGGAGGCCCGGUACCAGAAGCUGGCCAAUGAUUGCCAGAAGCUCUUCCUCAGCUACGACUCCCGCCCCGAUGUCGAGUAUGAGGAGAACUCAGAGCUGGACGAGGACGCUCUGGAGGAGCUGCUGGAGGAGGCUGGCCAGUUCAAUGAGAACCUCCGGGGUCUCUUGAAGGAUGGGUCCAACUCCCGAUCUGCGGACCCUGAUGUAAACAUGGAGUGA